AUGGCCGCCGCUCAGUACGGCGAUCCGCGCCACCUCCUCCCAGCCAACUACAAGCGGCUGAUCGCCGCCUGGCUGGAGGAGGACUGUCCCAGCUUCGACUACGGCGGUUUUGUCGUCGGCGAGUCCGAGGGCGAGGCCCGUCUUCUCGGGAAGAGCAAUGGCAUCGUCGCCGGCGUCCCCUUCUUCGACGAGGUCUUUGCCCAAUUGGGCUGCACGUACGCCCACCCACUCCCCACCCAUCCUUCAGCUGCUCAAUCUAAUAUGCAAUUCAGAGUGCAAUGGCACAUCCAAGAAGGCCAGCCCAUAACCCCGACCCCAACAACGCACUGCGCCACGGUCCACGGCCCAAUCCGACAGAUCCUGCUCGGCGAGCGCGUCGCGCUCAACAUCCUGGCCCGGUGCUCGGGCAUCGCGACCAAAAGCCACAGCCUGGCGAGCGCGCUGCGCGCGCACGGCUGGCACGGCACGCUGGCCGGCACGCGCAAGGUGACGCCGGGGUUCCGCGUGGUGGAAAAGUACGGGCUGCUGGUGGGCGGCGCGGAUCCGCAUCGCCACGAUCUCUCGUCCAUGACCAUGCUCAAGGAUAACCAUGUGUGGGCGUGUGCGAACAACGCGGCGGCGGCGGAUGGGGGUGCCGCCGGGCAGGAGCAGGGGCUGAGCGAGGCGUCGAUUGCGGCGGCGAUUCCGCGCGCGGUGCAGGCGGCCAAGGCGGCGGGCGGGUUUUCGGUCAAGGUGGAAGUCGAGUGUCGGAGUGUGGAGGAGGCGAAUGCGGCGAUUGAGGCUGGGGCGGAUGUGAUUAUGCUGGAUAAUUUCUCGGCGGAGGGGGUGCGGGCGGCGGCGAAGAAGCUGAAGCAGGACUGGGCGGGGAAGAACCGCUCGUUCUUGAUUGAGGUCAGUGGUGGGCUGAAUGAGUCGAAUGCCGCCAGUUAUGUCUGUGAGGAUGUGGAUAUCCUCUCAACGAGCUCCAUCCACCAGGGGACGAGCAUUGUGGACUUUUCACUCAAGGUGUCCCUUCGGUGA